AUGAAAAUUACGAGCACAUCUUGCAUCUGUCCAGUCCUAGUGUGUCUCUGUUUUGUGCAGAGGUGUUAUGGAACUGCCCAUCACAGUUCCAUAAGGGUGACCAGAAACCAAACCAAACACAUUGAAGGGGAAACUGAAGUCCACCAUCGUCCAAAAAGGGGAUGGGUAUGGAAUCAGUUCUUUGUUUUAGAAGAACAUAUGGGACCAGAUCCACAAUAUGUUGGAAAGCUGCACUCCAAUUCUGACAAAGGUGAUGGGUCUGUCAAGUACAUCCUUACUGGAGAAGGUGCUGGGACUAUAUUUAUCAUUGAUGAUACCACAGGGGACAUUCAUUCCACAAAAAGCCUCGACAGAGAGCAGAAGACCCACUAUGUGCUUCAUGCUCAGGCUAUUGACAGACGGACAAACAAGCCUCUUGAGCCUGAAUCUGAGUUUAUCAUCAAAGUGCAAGACAUCAAUGACAACGCCCCCAAAUUCACAGAUGGACCAUACAUCGUUACUGUGCCUGAAAUGUCAGAUAUGGGUACCUCUGUUCUACAGGUGACAGCUACGGAUGCGGAUGACCCUACCUAUGGGAACAGUGCUCGUGUAGUUUACAGCAUUCUCCAGGGACAACCCUACUUCUCCGUAGAUCCUAAAACAGGAGUUAUUAGAACUGCCUUACAUAACAUGGAUAGAGAAGCCAGAGAACACUACUCAGUGGUCAUUCAAGCCAAAGACAUGGCUGGGCAAGUUGGAGGGCUUUCAGGGUCUACAACGGUCAACAUCACACUGACUGAUGUCAACGACAACCCACCACGGUUUCCACAGAAGCACUAUCAGCUGUAUGUUCCUGAGUCAGCUCAAGUUGGUUCAGCUGUUGGGAAAAUCAAGGCAAAUGAUGCAGACACUGGCUCAAACGCUGACAUGACAUACUCCAUCCUAAAUGGUGAUGGUGUUGGGAUAUUCUCCAUCUCCACUGACAAAGAAACCAGAGAAGGGAUACUUUCUUUAAAGAAGCCACUGAACUAUGAGAAAAAGAAGUCAUAUACCCUCAACAUAGAAGGAGCAAACACACAUCUUGAUUUUCGCUUUUCUCACUUGGGUCCUUUCAAAGAUGCUACCAUGCUGAAAAUCAUUGUUGGAGAUGUAGAUGAGCCACCACUAUUUUCCAUGCCUUCUUACAUCAUGGAUGUCUAUGAAAAUGCCAAGAUUGGAACCGUUGUUGGCACAGUUUUAGCACAAGAUCCUGACAGUGCAAAUAGCCUAGUAAGAUACUUCAUUGACUACAAUGCUGAAGAUGACAGAUUUUUCUAUAUUGAUGCCAAUACUGGAACCAUAAAGACUACAAAGAUUCUUGACAGAGAGGAAACUCCAUGGUACAACAUCACAGUUGCUGCUUCAGAAAAUGACAAUCCUGGUUUGCUGAGCCAUGUCACAGUGGGUAUUAGAGUUCUGGAUGUCAAUGACAAUCCACCCGAACUUGCCAGGGAAUAUGAUAUUGUUGUCUGUGAAAAUUCUAAGCCUGGCCAGGUUAUUCACACAAUCAGUGCCACUGAUAAAGAUGAUUUUGCCAAUGGACCAAGAUUUAACUUCUUUCUUGAUGAACACCUGUCCAUAAACCCAAACUUCACUCUGAAGGACAAUGAAGAUAACACAGCCAGCAUUCUGACAAGGCGGAGGAGAUUUAGUCGAACUAUUCAGGAUGUGUAUUAUCUCCCCAUUAUGAUCUCUGAUGGUGGAAUCCCCUCUCUCAGCAGCAGCAGCACCCUCACCAUCAGGGUUUGUGCAUGCGAGAGAGAUGGGCGCGUGCGGACCUGCCAUGCAGAAGCUUUCCUGUCCUCGGCGGGCUUGAGUACAGGAGCCUUAAUCGCUAUUCUUCUGUGUGUUGUCAUUCUCCUCGCAAUCGUAGUACUUUUUAUCACCCUGAGACGCAGCAAAAAAGAGCCCCUGAUCAUUUCGGAGGAGGACGUGCGGGAGAACGUGGUCACUUACGACGACGAAGGCGGCGGGGAAGAAGACACCGAGGCCUUUGACAUCACGGCCCUGAGGAACCCGUGCGCUGCCGAGGAGCUCAAGUGCAGGAGAGACAUCAGACCGGACGUGAAGCUCACUCCCAGGCACCAGACGUUGGCCACACUGGAGAGUAUAGACGUUCAGGAAUUUAUCGAGCAAAGACUGGCGGAAGCAGAUCUGGACCCCAGCGUGCCCCCUUACGACUCUCUUCAGACCUAUGCCUACGAGGGUCAGCGGUCCGAGGCCGGGUCCAUCAGCUCGCUGGACUCAGCAACGACACAGUCAGACCAGGAUUAUCACUACCUUGGAGACUGGGGACCUGAGUUUAAAAAGUUAGCUGAACUCUAUGGAGAAAUAGAAUCUGAAAGAACAACUUAGGGGGUUAAUUCCUGCAACCGGGUAGAAGUUGCUUCCUGAGCUAAUGGAGAUGCAACCUCAGAAAGGACGAGAGUGAAGCGUUCAAACAGUGGUAGGAACAGAGCAAGUUGUACACAGCUACUGUAGAAACAAGUGCCCUUUUCUUGAUUGAAACUGGGUGAUUUCAUUGGAGGAAAAAGUCAAAUUUAAAAAAAAAUACAGAGAAAAAAUGCUGUUGCUCCUUGUGUAUAUUUUCAGUUGCUCAAUAAAGUCUGUGGUACUGUUUAAUUAAGAAUACCUGAAUUAAGCCAAACAAUGAUAUUUUGUUUCAAUAUUUUGUGAUUAUUUUUCAAAAGCAAAACAAAACAAGAAAGACUCAUCAUCACUGAUGUCUAUGUUUAUAGGAGUGGUAAACGGCAAAAUGAAACGUGUGAAGGUGAUCAUGAUGUCUCUUUCCACUUUUCUGUGUGGACCCUUGAGACCUACUCUCUGUUACUGUGACAGAUCUCAUUAGCCUUGUUUCCUGUUUAAAUUACUAGAGGCGUUUCCAAUAUACCAGGCCAUUCUGUCAUGGACCUGUAUGUACCAUUUCCCUUUGCCCUCCCCACUUAUUUCCUCCAUACAAAAUUGAUGGAGCAUGGGGAUUUGCUGCCUGCAGUAUAAUGUAUGCAAAUUCUGUGCACUUGGUGUGCACAUUUUUGGGGUAUCCCACCCUCCCAUCUUUAUUUUAACUAAAUGA